CUGAACUAAGUAGAUUCACAGCAUGCACUGACCUGAUAUUCAUGGAUGACAGCCCAAGUGACUGGAUGGCCUUCUCCUAUAUUACUAACAACACCUUCCUGGGCAGGAGCGACAUUGACCUUGGACUGGCAGGAGACCAUCAGCAGCUAAAACUAUACAACUUGGGCAAGACCUUUUUCAUCCGACACCACCUGAUUCCAUUACAGUGGCAUACAAUUUGUUUGAUAUGGGAUGGCGUAAAAGGCAUGUUGGAGCUCUUCCUGAACAAGAAGAGGAUAUUGGUAAUGAUGGAUCAACCACAAAACCUGACAGCAAACGGGACUCUGGUUCUAGGCCAUUUUCUCAAACAUGGAGAUGGCCAGGUUAAAAGUCUGGUACCUCCCUUCACUGGCAGCUUGUACUACUUUCAACUCUGGGACCGCAUCCUGGACAACGGGGAACUUAUGAAGUGUUUGGGCGGAAAUGUAGUUAGCUGGGAAGAUGAUGUUUGGCAUGUUGACAAGAUCAUCCCGACCAUGGAUGCAAGACUGCGCUGCUUUGUUUCUGAAAAUGCAACAAUUGAAGAAACAAGUACAGUUCUUUCACAACAAAUAGAUUUGACGACCCCUCCCCAAAUUAGUGGACUAAAAUCUCAAAAGACUGUGCAUUCUACAGUGAUGUCUAGAAGUAUGCCUGCAUUUACAACUGAUUAUACAACCUUAUCAUAUUCUAGUACAAUAUCUCCACUUCCAGGAACAGUGACUUCACCAGGUUUUGUAAAGACACCCAUCCCUGAGACAGCUAUAUCCAUAGUAGACAGUCUGUCUACUUCAGCAGCUAUCACCCUACCUACUAAAAUUACCUCCCUAAGCACUAGUAACAUUUCUAUGGAAAUAACUAAGCCCCCUCCUUCUGAGAUCACAAGGACAACAAAAAUGGCUGUAACCAUGGCUACUGAGAGCUUUUACCCAAGCAGUACCAUUAAUUUUCCAUACACAUCUGGAUUUACCAAGAAUUCAGUUAUGACCCAACCUUCAGUGACUGAAUAUCAGGCACCUAUUACAAAGACAGCUCUCCUUUCAUCUACUGAGUUGACAUCCUUGUCUAUGACAUCUUGGCCCAAGGAUAAAUCCACAGAUUUUGGAGCACUCCUAACCUCUACAGCCAACCAAGAGCUUCUUGCAUCUACAGCUGCUGAAUCUGUAUCCUGGUCUUCUGUGGAUCAGACUUCAGCAACAACUACUCACAUUAGUGCUGAAUCAACAAUACCAUCUGAGUCUGCUUUCACCACAGCUGCUCCAGUGGAUUCUGUCAUUCCUAGAAAUCAGACAGCAUAUACAUUGGCAACAACUGAUAUGAAAAUAUCAUUUACAGUUGAUUCAAUGACACACUCAACUAGGCCUAUUGAAAUGACACCUGCAUUAAGAACAGCCAAAACAGAAUCAACAUUUGGGAAUUUCCAGGAUGUCUCUUCACCCAGAGUGAAGGAUACAAUAUCUACCUUCAUGCCAGAAGAGGCCUCUUCUAUGCAUCUUUCUUCCAAGACAUCCUCUCCGUUGGUCAGAACUCAGAGCAUACCAACAGUGAUUAAUGCUGAGACUAUACAUAUGGACUUGACUCCUGAAAUCACACGUGGACCUCUAAUGACUGAAAGUGGGCUUUCCCCUGUAGUCACUUGGCCAGGGUAUACCCAGAAUACACACACUGGUGGUGAAAACAUGCUUCCUUUGCUUUCCACUAGACUAGCUUUCACAUCUAAAGCACCUGAGCUUGGUUAUACAUCAACUGACAAAGUUGCCCAUCUAUUCCCGACAACUUGGACUUCCAGACCAGACCAGACUCUGUUGAAAACAUCAUUCCAUGGAAGCCCUUCUAAUACAGAACAUUCACUUACAGCUACUAAUAUGAUCAUCCCACCAGAAGCAUCCACAAACAAUGUGGCUACCACCAUUACUGAAGCUGUUAUUACUACUGAUGGGAUUACUGACAGAGCUAUAACAACUCUUCACAAAUUGACAUCCUCCACAGUUUCUGAAAUUACAUCAGUGACUAAAAUUCCCGAGUGUAAACUUACCACCUCACUGAGGAAAACCACCCCUUUCUCCACAGUAACUGGAAAUGAACUUCUUUCCACACCAAGAAAGGUAGUAGAGGUAAUAUCCACCCUUGCUGGUAUUGGGCCAACUUCUACUGAAAGUGCUUCUGCAAUUACACCAAUGGAGAUGACCAGUGUGAUUGCAUUUGGGGAGUUUACAGCCCCUGUACCAGAGUUCACAACAACAAAAAAUUCCAGUAAUACUGUGACAAGCAAAGAAACAACAUCUCAUUAUCUUAAGGAAAGAUCAACUACAACAGCAACAGUUGAGGUUUCUCCAUUUGCAACAGCAAUGGAAACAACAGAUGAAUCUGUACAAAUGGCAACUGCUUCUGUCACUAUUUCCCCCUAUCCUGGUAUAGAAAAUUUGACUACCCUGUUGGAUAAUAAAACUGCAACUACUGAGGGGAGAGCAAAUUGGAUUUCCAUGCAAUCAGUGAAAACCACACCUAUGAGCUCAUACAAUGGAACUAGUGAAAUCUUUAAUUCCACUCACACCUACACAGCACAGUGGACUUCAGACACUCCACCUAAGGGGAAUUUAACUUCAUUCACCACUUCUGGGAAUACAGAGACAUUCUCUGAAUCUCUAGGUACUUCUAGUACAAGGAUAUCAGGAACCAGUACCACUACUCUGACAGACAGGACAGCUGUGUCUCUGUCUUCUGGUCUCUUGCCUUCACAACAUAUAGCUACCUAUUCAUCAUCAACUCCUGUACCUAUUUUCCACAUGUCCUCACAGCCAGGUGAUGUCUCAGCUGUUACCUCCAUAGGGACACCCAAGCCUUCUAUACUGACCAGGACUUCCUCUACAUCUGUGCUUGCAAAUGUCUCAGUUCUAUCAUCAGCUCCAGUGACGGCAACAUCAGUGUCACCACUGGAUCAGACUGCUUUCACAGCCCAUCAUACCCUGCCUACACAUAGAGACUGGAGUCACACCACUUCAGAGGCCAUGAUGACACCUCCUCUGAUAGAAUCUCCAGUUUCCUCAUUAAAACCUCCUACUCCUGUGGCAUCUAAGACCACCCUUCUCUCCAUUUCAACUGGCAUAGUAACCUCAGCUCAACACACUCCUGGCUGCUCCAAAACUCUUCCUGGUGACAUUCCUUCUUCAUCUUCCACUCCUGUAAUCUCAACAAUGUCUACACCAGUAGCAACCCAACCCAUAUCUCAUACUCUUAGUUUUCCUUAUACUUUCAGUACUACUGGUGGAGAAAUUCACACCACUGAAACUUCUGUUGAUGAGACCAUGCCAUCACACACCUCCGUCAACAAGCUCACUACUUCAAUGGAUGGUCACAUUUCUCAGUCUUCCACAGGUCUUACAAACACACCAGUCCUUUCUACCUUAUCUUCUGACAAAGAACACAUGACCAUCACUCUGGAAAACAUGGCUAGAACUGUAGAGGUGACAGAAAUGUCCUCAUCAAAGGACAUUUUUAUUUCUGACUCAGAGACCACGGAAAUGACAGAUACAGGAUUUCCUGAGGACACACAAAUUUCUAGUCACCGGACAUGUUUGCCUUCAGAGAUUCCGCUUGUGACUCUACCAGAUAGAAUUUCAGCUUCAGCUGCUGCUUCAGAAAGUUCACAGGCUACUUCUACCUCAACCUCAAGGAACACAAUAGAUGUUCAUGUUUCAGAAAUAUCUACCAAUCUCGGGAAAACAGUUGUCCCUUCACAAGUUCUGACAACCAACAGUAUAUCUUCUCCUGAAAAUGAAAGCAUAAGUGCCCUUUCUGUAUAUACUUCCCAAACUGAGGAAGUGAUAGCAAGCUCCUCCUCUGCACCUCACUCUGUUUCAUACCGCCAAGACACUUCAUUCACAGAUACCACAACUUCUGAGACAACCAGAAUCUUUAAUCCUGGAAGCAUCAACACAACUCUUUCACACUUGCUUUCUCCUGGAACUAUGCCUGAGGGAACUUCAGCUUCCUCUCCCAUUUCUGGAAGCACAGGAGGCUUUUCAGAAAUCUUGUCAGUUCCUACAACUGGGAUCUCUAGUGCUGAUUUGACAGUGAGGUCUACUGACAGGAUCACAUCAGCCCUUUCUGUUCCAUAUUUACCCACAACACUUCUUGGCAAAACCUCUGUGGUCACAUCCAUUCCCAUUUACCAGCUGUCCUCCCGGCCAGUUAAUGUUAGUGCUAUUACCUCUGAAAGAGUUUUGGACAUUUCAGAAAAGCUAACAACUAAGUCUUCAAAAACAACACACCCAAACUACUUAAAAAGUCCCACUGUAGCUACUUCUAGGCCUAUGCCUGAGAUGUCUUCAGUGUCAGUUAGUGACUCUGCUUCCCCCCCUCCAGCUGUUUCUCCUGACAUUUCCACAACAAUUGGAUCAGUCUCUGCUUUAUUGUCUUCAGUUACCCCUGCAACUAUGCUAGAUAGGCAAACAUCUACAUUGGAUGUCAUACCUGUGACGUAUGCCAGGUCUACAUCAAAACCCACAAAGGACUCCUCUGCCUUCACUACCUCAGAAAUGACUGAGGUACCUUCCAGGAUAACAUCUAUAUCUACUUUCUUUCCAACAGAGCCAGCUUUUUCCUCUCUGAAAACCAUUCCCAUGAGUAGUAUGAUUGGCCAAAUGACUCCACUUUGGGGCACCACUCCCACCUCUCUAUUGACUUCUAGGAACACUGGGGCUAUUUCUUCCACUACAAAAUACAGACUUUCACCAUUUCUGUCAACAACCCACCAAUCAUCACAAGGAGAUGAAGCAUCAACCCUGGACAUGUUAUCUGAGGUCACCAACAGCCUCCCAUCUACUGUAAACAGUGGUAGAGUGACAACUCUUACAAAUAAACUUGAAAGUGUGCUUUCUUCUACUCCUUCAGAAAGUCUCCCCACUUAUUUGAAUAUCCAAGUUUCCCCGUUUUCAACUAGCUUUAAAAGCACUCCUGAGCCCACAAAAAGUAUAAGAUCCACCACUUACUUUUCUUCAAGCACAAAACAGAUGAUUUCCUCAUCAGAAAAUAUUUCACCAGCAGAACUAACAGACAGCAUCACUUCUGUGGCUACUCCUGUUUCAUAUGCUCCAGUCAGCACAACUCCACCCUCUUUCACGACAUUUCUUUUUUCACAUCGUAGUACUGAAGUGCAGUUCUCAACCUCCAAGGCUUCUCUUCCUCCUGCAUCCCAAAUGACCAAAUUUCCAGUUCUGGGGACAAGAGCCACAUCUAGUAAUACCCAGCCUUUUCUUAUGACUUCUUGGAACACACCCAUAGCUGAAGCUUCUCGGUCUCCAGUUGCCAACACUACUCACAUACCUACACCCAGUAAGAUGGAAACAGAUACUUCAUAUCUUGUUCCUGAGUCUUUGUCAACAGUCACAGCCUCUCAGACUAGUCUUGUAUCUGGAGAUAGUAUGGCAGCAUCAUCGAUUUCCACAUCAGGAAUUCUUCCUACUUUGGAGAUAUCUGAGAGUGCUUCAUUAUUGUCUUCAAAAUCAUUUCCUACUGCUUUGACUGAAUCUCAGUAUGUGUUAGAGAAGACAACUACAUCCAUAGCUCCUGGAAUCACACUCUCAUCAGAUCCUUCUGGUGCUGCUUCAGAAUCUAUUAUCUCAAAGGCUACUACUUCACCCAUGUUAACCUGGGUCUUAUCUAGUCUCCCUUCAAGAUCCUCUCCUGCAAUUGUAGCCAAUACUCCUCACAUUGUACCUUCCUCUACCAGAGAAGUGUCAAAACCCACAUUUAUAACUUCUAGCACAAUACCCACAGACCCAUUUACUAACUUCAAAACACUAUCUUUUGCCUCUGUGAGCACUACCCUUACCCAAGCUACACCUACACCUACAGGGAAGAACGUCAUUUCGGGCUUUCCAACUUCUCUCCCUACAUCCACAAAAAUCACAGGUGGCAAAGUAGAUAUUUCUAAAUCCCCUAUGGCAUCUUUCCAAAACACUGUGAUUGCCAACUCCAGGACUGCAUCUCCACCUUCAUCCUUUACUAAGAUGAGUAGAUCGCCUCCCAUGACAAAGCACACUUUAUCUGUGGGUUCCAUGCCUCUAACAAGCCCUGUGAUAACAUCUGCAUGGAGCAGAAUUCCAGCUGCAUCAGCACUAACAACUUUGGCUCUUCCUAAACCCACGUUGGACACCCUUCCAAAUAUGACUACCACUAUAUCUACUGCUACUGGAGAUUCAUUUCCAUUCGUAUCCACAAGAGUGACACAUCCUUCUGCAACUGUUUCUUCACGACACUCUUCCUCUUUUGAGACAAGCUGGCUGGCUUCCACACUUUCCUUUCUAUCUAUGGAAACAUCAGCUUCCCUUAUUGCUGCUGCAUCUACAGUUUCCUUCUACAAUAUUGAAAUGAACUUCUCGGUAUUUGAUGAAGAGCCAAGCAUCCCUAUUACCAGUGUUAUAAAAGAACUUGCAGAAAAUUGGUUGGAUUCUAUAUUUCAGGACAGUGAGUUUGCUGUUGCUGAUCUAGCUGUUCAAAUUAAAAGCAGAGACACUCCUGGGGAAGAAAUAAAUAUGGACCGAGCUUUUUGACUGUGUACUUUUCUCUUGCAUUAUUUGGAACAGAGAGAAGGGCAAGGAAUGGCUACAAUUUCCCGUGUACUCUACAGCUGUGUUUGUCAAGUCAUCAUGAAGGCCAAUUCUUCUUUACCAUCUGUAGAAUUGAUUGGCAGGAUCAAGAGCAAAAUACAUGGUAACCUCACCCAUGGGAACUUCACACAGGAUCAAAUGACGCUACUAGUUAAGUCAAAGCACGUUACAGUGGAAAAACUAGAGCCAGGAAAGUGUGAAGCUGAUGAAACAGCCUCUAAAUACAAAGGGACAUAUAAGUGGCUCUUAACCAACCCUACUGAGACAGCCCAAAUGAGAUGCAUCAAAAAUGCGGAUUCGAACGCUACAAGAAUGUGCUCCAUCAGUAUCAAAACGGGCAAAUCUCGGUGGGAAAAACCUAGGUUUAAACAGUGCAGAUUGGUUCAAGGACUUCCUGACAAUAUUGUGGACCUUGCUAACAUUACUAUCAAUGACGAGAAUGCUGACGAUGUUGCAGAACAUAUUUUGAAUCUGAUAAAUGAAUCCCCCCCUCUGAAUACAGAAGAAACAAAGAUUAUUGUGUCUAAAAUAUCUGAUAUUUCAUUCUGUGAUGAGAUAAGUAUGAACCUCACCCAGAUUAUAUUACGAAUAAUCGAUGCUGUUUUGGAAAAGCAAGACAAUUCAGCCUCUGACCUACAUCAAGUAAGCAACGAAAUUCUGAGGAUAAUUGAGCGCACUGGCCACAAGAUGGAGUUUUCUGGUAGGGUGGCAAACCUGACGGUUACCAGGCUGGCUUUGGCGGUCGUGCGGGUGGAGCGCACCUUUGAAGGCAUGACCUUCAGCAUCCGUUCUUACACAGAAGGCACAGACCCUGAGAUUUUCCUAGGUGACAUCCCUUUGGGAAAGGUUUUGGCUUCCAUUUAUUUACCUAAAUCAUUGAGGGAAAGAAUUCCUCUUAGCAACUUACCAACCAUCUUGUUCAAUUUCUUUGGCCAAACUUCACUCUUCAAGAUUAAAAAUGUCCCCAAAGCAUUAACCACCUAUGUUGUGAGUGCCAGCAUUUCCAACUUGUCCAUUCAAAACCUGGAUGACCCAGUGGUGAUUACUCUGCAGCAUAUUGAAGGAAACCGGAAUUAUGAUCAAAUUCACUGUGCCUUUUGGGACUUUGAGAGUAACAAUGGGCAAGGUGGAUGGAAUUCAUCUGGCUGUAAAGUAAAGGAAACAAAUGUAAAUUACACAAUCUGUCAUUGUGACCACCUCACUCAUUUUGGAGUCUUAAUGGACUUAUCCAGGUCUUCAGUGGAUGCAGUGAAUGAACGAAUACUUACACUUAUAACGUAUACUGGAUGUGGAAUCUCCUCCAUUUUUCUGGGAGUUGUGAUGGUGACAUAUAUAGCUUUUCAUAAACUCCGAAAAGAUCAUCCUUCCAAAAUCCUUAUCAACCUAUGCACAGCGUUACUGAUGCUCAACUUGGUGUUUCUGGUCAAUUCCUGGUUGUCCUCAUUCCAGAAGGGAGAACUUUGCACCGCAGCUGCUGUGGUGCUCCACUACUUCCUGCUGACCUCUUUCACUUGGAUGGGCCUGGAGGCUGUCCAUAUGUAUUUUGCUCUAGUCAAAGUGUUCAACAUAUACAUUCCAAAUUACAGCCUCAAAUUUUGCCUCGUUGGUUGGGGAAUCCCGGCUAUCGUGGUGGUGAUCAUACUCAGUGUGAAUAAAGACCUGUAUGGGACUCUGAGCACAAUGGUAACCUUUUGUUGGAUUAAAGAUGAUUCUACCUUUUAUGCCUCAGUUGUGGCUUAUUUUUGCUUGAUAUUUCUCAUGAACAUCUCCAUGUUCUGCACUGUUCUUGCUCAACUGAAUUCCAUGAAACUGCAAAGCCAGAAGAAUCGGCAGAAGAUGAUCCUUCAUGACUUCAAAGGCACAAUGAGCCUGACUUUCUUACUUGGCCUCACCUGGGGGUUUGCCUUUUUUGCCUGGGGACCUGUGAGGAUCCUUUUCUUGUAUCUUUUUGCCAUUUUCAACACUUUGCAAGGUUUCUUCAUUUUUGUGUUUCACUGCAUGAUGAAAGAGAGUGUGCGGGAGCAGUGGCAGAGACACCUUAAUUGUGGGUGGUUGCAACUGGAAAACUCAUCAGAUGGCAGUAGCAGGUGUGGACCAAAUACUGGGUACGCACAGGAGAGGCUGAAGAAAACCUUGAAGCACAAAUUGCUGACACCAUCCCUCAAGUCGACUACAACUUGCUCCACUUUCAAAUCUUUAGGCUCUACCCAGUGCACACCAUCAGAAUUAAGUUUCCCAAAUGGUGAUACAAAAGACUAUAUUCUCUGCAUUUAACCUAGCUAUACUCUGUUAAUG